CAUAAAUUUGCUCUCAUUUCAGGCUUCCUGGUUCAGCAAAUUGCGGCAGAAGCAUCGCCUUUGGUGUACUUUACCGGAGUUCACCUUAUUUUCCAACAUUCAGAGUCCUGCCGUGCUGUGGAACAAAGCUGUUAACCAAAUCAUGAGUCCUAAGUACUCUCGUUUCGACUAAACAUAUCGCUCAUUCAUCACUCAAACAUCCUCUUCCCUUUUUUUUAAAAAAACCUUCUUUAACCCUGAACCUUAUUUCCUCCCAUUUUUCCUCCUAAUCACCUUGAUAUUUUUUAUACUCCCUUUACAUCCAUUUCUCAUUUUCUCGCUUUCGCUUUCCCUCUCCCUACUUUUUUUCUGUCGCUUUUUCUAUUACACACGAACAUCUUUCUCUCUAGAACAAUGUUACGCUCGCCAUCGAUAUCACCAGCGCCACCUUUAUCACCACCGCCACCUCCACCACCACUGCUACCACCACUGCCACCAUCGCCAGUACUUCUAAUGCUGUUACAACUGCUACAACGACCACAACCCUCCGUACCACAAAUAGCGACCUAAUUACAAUAACUAAUCAAGAUAAUCGACUACCAAACACUGAUACCACCCACCACCACCAUCUGGAGUGUUUCGGAGCUACCAUUGGCAAGAAUGGCGAAUAUUGGUGAAGGCCGCCCUUGCAAUGGGAUGCCGUGUCUACUGGAGCAAGAUGAAGACCCUAAAGAGCUAAGUGAGCUGAGUAAAACCCUUGCUGAUUAUCAGGCGGCCAGAGAGCGGAUAAACAGCAGAUUGCACAAGAUCCGUUUAGAGCUGUCUGAAAUCAGGGAUCAAGACGUGAAACUGUUGAAGCAGUUGAUACAAAUAAGUGAAACGAUUAAAAAGCUAAGUGAUGACCGCUUGAGUAAACGACGGACAUGGUAUGGUCAGCGCCAAUCAAUAUGCAGCGAAACAUCGGACAUAUAUCUUGAUUUGGUGUCACGGUCACCCGAUAUGGACGAGUUGAGAGAGGCUAUGAUAUUCAGGCAGUUCAGCGAACCUACAUCCUUUUCUAGAGAGAUCUAUUUAGAUCCAACUGCAAGCACAGCAAUAUUCGAUGCCAGUGUACAUUUGACGAAUGGAAACCACAAUAAGGAACCCCAACAGAACUGGGGCAUGGAUUUAUCGAAAGUUCCAUUACGUCACAGACCUCAUUCAGUAGCGAUUGUGUGCGAAAAAACCUACAGUAUGGAUUCUAGUCAGGAAUGGCUGUUCAAAAAUGAUAAAUCUUAUGCCGAACUUCUCGAGAGGAGCAUUCGUUUGUGGAAAAGCAGACGGUGCGACAGUCAAAGUGAUGAAAACGACGAAAAAGUGUUGUCUUUAAUAAACGAAUAUAUGAAAAGUGAGCAGAACCAGAAAAGCACCUCAGACCAAAUUAAAUGUUUGUCGAAAGAUGAUACGUCUAAAAAGGAUUAUUGCGAUGUAGCUGAGAGUGCCGCCGCAGAAGCGACGGAAAGUGAGUUAGAGACAGCGAAUUUCGUCGGUGAUAAGGAUGUAGUUAGAUCGUUAAGUCGAUCUUCUGGUACGAGUUUCAAUCUUUGUGGACAGAGUGAUUCUGUCGAAAAGCUUGAAGAGGAAAACGUCUUUCGAAAAGAUGUCGAAAAAGAUGUCGACUCGAAAGUUUCUUCUAGAACCACUCAUAGUCUCUUUAGUGGUAUUAGUAGCAGCAGUAAUAGUCGAAAUCAUAGCAACAACAACACCACCAACGUGACACUAUCACCGCAACCAACUCAGCAAAGUGUUAUUACUGAAGUGAAAAAAAAUAUUAGAUAAUCAAAAUGGCUGCGAUAACGCUUUGAAACUUAUUUAAAUUAUAUGCGUGUGUGUGUGAGAGAAAGAGAAAGAGGGAGAUAGAGAGAGUGUGCGUGCGUGCGUGCGUGUGUACAUGUGAGUGUGU